UAAUACUAUCAAAAUAGGGCAUCAUGUUUUAUCAUAUAUCAUUGGAACAUGAAAUUUUAUUACAUCCCAGAUAUUUUGGCCCUCAGUUGUUAGAUACUGUGAAGCAAAAACUAUAUACGGAAGUAGAAGGUACCUGUACAGGAAAAUAUGGCUUUGUAGUUGCUGUAACAACAAUAGAUAAUAUAGGUGCAGGUAUUAUACAACCGGGACAAGGAUUUGUAGUAUAUCCAGUUAAAUAUAAGGCUAUUGUUUUUAGACCAUUUAAGGGAGAAGUAUUAGAUGCUAUUGUAACACAAGUAAAUAAGGUUGGAAUGUUUGCUGAAAUAGGUCCUUUGUCAUGUUUUAUAUCUCAUCAUUCGAUUCCAGCAGAUAUGCAGUUUUGUCCAAAUAUAAACCCUCCAUGUUAUAAGUCAAAAGAAGAGGAUGUCAUCAUUCAGCCAGAUGAUGAAAUUAGACUGAAAAUUGUUGGUACAAGAGUUGAUGCCACUGGAAUUUUUGCUAUUGGGACAUUGAUGGAUGAUUAUCUUGGACUUGUCUGCAACUAAACGCAAUAGAUGUAUUGAUUAUCUAAUUGUAUAAGUUCGGCAUAUUAAAUAAAAUCUUGCUAUAC